AUGCCCAAAGUGUGGGAGAACAUUUAUGAAGGAGAGCAGCAUCACUCGACACCUGAGCCAGCCUCGAUUUUUGUGGAAGUGGUUCCUCCUCAGCAUCGCACAGGAUCUCAUACCAACAGUGUCCCGGAAGUUCAUGAUGGGGAUCACUCGUAUGAUAACAUCAACAAUGAAUUCGGAAUGUUUGGAGAAUCGCUGGAGGAAGAGUAUGAUGAAUGCAGGGUAGACAACCUCUACUAUCCUUUCACAUCCAAAGAAGAGUGGGAAGUUGCCGAUUAUCUCUUGCGCUUGUCCCUCAGCAUGGCAGCAAUAGAUGAAUUUUUGAAGCUUUCAAUGGUCCAAAGAUUGCAUCUUUCAUUCAAAAAUGCCAAAGAACUACGAAGCCAUGCUGAAAUGCUCCCUAGCGGACCAAGCUCAGAGCGGCUUUUGCGUGUAUAUUCGGAAUGGUUAACAGGAGAUUCCACUUGGGAAAUGCAAACACAACUUCCCAGAGGUGCUACAGUUCUCAGUGCUGUUCUUUCAUCUGACAAAACCAACAUCACCACCAUGACCGGUGCCAGGCCAUUGAUGAAAGCUACUGAAGUUGGGAUUAUGAUGUCCAAUCCAGUAGGAAAUGUCCACCAUUGCUUUACCCCUCUCGCAGCAUACAUCAUUGAUACCCCAGAGGCGGCCAUGCUUGCAUGUUUUGGGGAUAAUUUCCGGCACCCUGCUCAUACGCACUCCAUCACUCUUGGACAGCUUGCUAGCAUCACAGUCAAUUCUGAUGACCUGGAGGCUUAUUUUGAGGCUUGUGCUGACUCGCGGCUGAACGGCGUGUAUGCACCAUUCUGGAUGGAUUGGCCACUCGCAGAUCCCUCCGUCUUUCUGACGCCAGAAUCAUUGCACCAUUGGCACAAAGAAUUUUACGACCACAAUCUUCAGUGGUGUAUCAUGGUCGUUGGAGCUCAGGAACUGGAUUUUCAGUUCUCGAUAUUACAGCCGACUACUGGCUAUCGCCACUUUCCUGGCGGAAUAUCCAAACUGAAACAAGUUACAGCCCCUCGUCGUUUUGUCAUCGUGAUCCAUGCGCUCAUGGAUCUUCAUUACCUAGUGCAGUGUCCUGCGCCCGAUGACAAUCUCUUGGCCUGUAUCGACCGAUCUUUGUCGACCUUUCACGAACACAAAGAUGUUAUCUUGACCUUAGGCGCGCGGAUGGGCACAAAGAGGCCUAUUGAAAAUUGGCAUAUUUUUAAGCUUGAGCUCCUACAGAGCGUCACUUCCAGCACACGCAAAGUUGGCACCCUCAUACAGUGGUCUCCAGAUGCUACCGAGCAUGCACACAUUUCUGAAAUCAAGGAGCCUGCAUGGAAAACAAAUAAUAAUGAUUACGACCCGCAGAUCUGUCGUCAUCUUGAUUGGGAGGAGAAGUUGCGGCAUUUCGCAAUCGCCACAUCGCUCAAGAGCCAUCCCGCAUCCCAUGAUCUUAAUUGGGCCGAAGACAUUCUUGAGGAGGAUGACCUGGACGAUGGAGACGAACAGGAAACAAACGAUCCAUGA